UGAGGAGGUGUGACUGACAAUUUUCAUCUGCUUACAAAAUAAUGAAAGAAAGUAGGACAGUCUGAUAGCAAUUCCCAUCAAGCAUGUCAAGACAAAGUACACGUGGAGGGGAUCCUCGAAAAGUGAAUGGUGAACUGUUUACUUUGACAUAUGGUGCCUUGGUCUCACAACUGUUAAAGGAUUAUGAAGAUGACGAUGAGGUCAACAAACAACUGGAAAAAAUGGGAUACAAUAUAGGAGUUCGUCUCAUUGAGGAUUUCCUGGCAAGGUCAAACACAGGGCGAUGUAAUGACUUUAGGGAGACUGCAGACGUCAUAGCUAAGGUGGGGUUCAAGAUGUACCUAGGAAUCACCCCAGUGGUGAGCAACUGGAGUCCAGCAGGGGACGAGUUUUCCCUUCUCAUAGAAAAUAAUCCCCUGACAGACUUUGUGGAGUUACCCCCAGGUCAUUCCAGUCUGUGUUUCUCAAAUCUUUUGUGUGGAGUACUGAAAGCUGCCUUAGAGAUGGUGCAGAUGGAUGUUGAUGUGAAGUUUGUACAGGAUCAUUUAAAAGGUGAUAAUAUCACAGAAUUAAGACUAAAAUUCCUACGCAGAUUGGAGGAUGCUAUACCUGUCGGGGAGGAUUGAGGAUUUUUGUGCCGCAAAAUGUAUUUUAAUUACAUGUGAAUUUUUUGGUGUAGACGGCUAGCUGUGAGGGAGAACUCUUCAACUGCAGGAACUUCUGUUUGGUAGUGAUCAAUGGUGGACAAGACUGCCUACUUAUGUUGGUCAGUUUGGUCAAAAUAAGUCUAUUACUUUUGAUUUAGCAGGCCCAUUUGGAUGAUUCUGUUGAGUCCAAAACCGUGAUAGAUCGAACACUGUAUAAUGAGGACUAUUCAUUAAAUGGAGGUUUCAUGAACUGUGAAAGUGCUCAUAAUGUUAGACAGUUUAUUUAACAAAAUUGCUCUAGAAUUAGAUUAUUUUGUAAAUUUUGCAAGAAGGUUUUGUAAAAUGUGCUGUUAUGUGCAUUAUAUGAUAAAGCAUUUGACGGACUAUUUAAACAUUUCAGGAGUACAUUGUAUUCAGUUUUCAUCGUAAGAAAGCUUUCAAGUGGCAUUCUUAUCCUUUUAAUUUAUUUUAUAAACUAAUACAACAUUUAUAUGUAAUGUUUUUAAACUUUAAAAACAAAUAGAUUUCAAAAUAAAAUGCCUUUUCAAACUAAGGUAAACAAGCUAGGGUUAUGCAUUUUAGUCCUAAAAUCACUACAGACUCUGCAACAGGUUUCUGGAGUAACAGAGAACUUUGACCUUGCCAGUAUUUGAUCCUGAUUUUAAGAGUUGAACAGAGGACACUAAAAUCGGGAGAUGGUGGAUUAGCAUGACCCCAGAGAAGAUUGGCUUUACUGGAGCUUCCAUCAAGCUGCAAUGUGAUUUGUACGAGUAAAAAAUUCCCACUGACAACCCAUAACUGGAUUUUGUGGGAUGUUGAUGUCUUUCGUGUGUCCAGUUUAUUGGAUUAGCAUUGGUCCAGAUGCGUUUGGCUGGUGAUGGAUAGCUUUAUCUCAUCUGUUGCAGAACUAAAUUAUUUCAAACUUUGUUAGCUUCAUGAAAAAAUAUUUCACCAAUUUAUAACAAAACAAAAAGAAACUGAUUUCUAAUUUUUUUUUUUUAAAUUCUUAGUGUAAAAUGUAUGAGUAGUUUAAUCAAUUUGUUUGUUAAAUCACAAUUUUUGAUAAACGUAUGUUCUUCAGAAUUGUUUUUGAUCAAUCUGUGUUCAGUCAACUGUAUAUUAGGACCAAGCCUUCAUCUCAAGGAUUGGAAAAUGUACAAGUUUGUUACCAAAGUAAAUGUAAUUAACACCCACAAUCUAUUUCUCUGAUAAACACUUCCUGUUGCCGACUUUCUGAAGAGUUGAUCUGGAAUGUUAUGUAUAUAAUGUAAGAUAUUAUCACUAAUAAUAUGCAAAUGAGUUCCUCAUAUCGUCCCGGUAACAAAGCUCUGUACCAUUCUCCUGAAUUUUGAUUACAGGUAACUUCCAAUUUCAGUUUUCACAAAUUUCAAUAUUGAUAAUAUAGUGAAUUUAAGGGAGAAAAAAAGAAAUACAAGACUUACUCACAGUGCAAUACCUAUGUAAUCCAGUGGGCAGUACAGUGAAACCUGUCAGCGAUGAUCACUUGAUAUUCUGGUACUGUUUUGAAUUCAAUAUACUACCAUAUUUAUCCACAAAUUAGCCCCAAUCUUCAUUUUUGCAGAAUAAGACUGGCCGCUGUGGCCAAGUGAUAAAGUCAUCUGACCGUCUCUAUGACAAACCUUUGGUUGUUUGUGAUCCAGCCUUUUUUACCUUGAGUAUAUUUCUCAAGAUGAUUUAAAACUUUUUAAUCAUUCCAGUAAAUUUGUAGAAAUAUGUGUUUUUACCAGUCACUUUGGUAAUAUAUUUGUGUGUAAAAUAUCUGAACUUUUAAUGUUUGAAAGUUUGAUAAGAAAAUUAAAAUAAACAUUCACAGAAUUAUUAUCAACACAGGUACGAGUAGUACCAUAUUUAAUGUUGUAAACUCAGCUGUCUAUAUAGGAAAGCUAAUUUAUCAACUGUAUGUUGUGGCAAAAAAACACCCUACAAGCAAACACUGAUAUAUUGCCUGUGAAAAAAAUCUUCAGUUGUGUUAUCAUAUGGGAAAAUGUUAAUAUCUCUCAUAUGGAAUGUUAAAUACAUAUGUUCAACAGAGACAGAAAUAUUUGGAUCACUAACUUUUUGUAUUGGUAGUUAUUUUGUGGGGUCUGUUUUCACAUUUUAUUAAGUAUGAAACAAAAUUGCAAAAUGUAGAUACCUUGAAAAUAAAAUUGGAAGAGAAAA